AUGGCCAAACUCUAUGCCAAGCCCAAAGAGAUGGCUCAGCUCAUAUCUCCCCAGCCAUGGCUAGAGGAUGCCCUGAGCUCCCAAGAUGAGAUGAAGGAUGUUGACGGCAGACGGGCCUCCUAUGGGAUACUUGCCAGCCUCAAUGAAGAGCAUGACAGUGUUGAGGAAGAGGAAGGGGAAGAAGAUGGUGGGAAGCCAAAGAGAAGGGGCCCAAAGAAGAAGAAGAUGACCAAGGCAAGACUGGAGAGGUUCCGGGCUCGGCGGGUGAAGGCCAAUGCCCGAGAGAGAACACGGAUGCAUGGGCUCAACGACGCUCUGGAUAACCUUCGGCGGGUGAUGCCCUGCUACUCUAAGACACAGAAGUUGUCCAAAAUCGAGACCCUGAGGCUAGCCAGGAACUACAUAUGGGCUUUGUCUGAGGUGCUGGAGAGCGGGCAGACUCCAGAAGGGAAAGGUUUCAUAGAGAUGCUGUGCAAAGGUUUGUCCCAACCAACCAGCAACCUGGUUGCUGGUUGUUUACAGCUGGGACCUCCAUCCCUGUUCCUGGAGAAACAUGAAGAGAAAGCCCCUGCUUCUGAUGCUGCUGUGCCUGGCCACAGUUUUUCCUACCAGUCCCCAGGGCUGCCCAGUCCACCGUAUGGAAACAUGGAGACACACCUAGUCCACCUAAAGCCUCCCACAUUCAAAACCCUGGUGGAUCCUCCCUUUGGCAGCCACCACCAAGACUGCACAUCUCCUCCAUAUGAAGGUCCCUUGACCCCUCCUCUGAGCAUCAGUGGAAAUUUCUCCCUAAAGCAAGAUGGGUCUCCAGACCUGGAGAAAUCAUACAGCUUCAUGGCCCAUUACCCAUCAGUUAGCUUAAGCAGUUCCCAUGGGCACACCUCUCACUUCUCGGCCACAGGGCCCAGGUAUGAAAUCCCCGUAGACAUGGCCUAUGAUUCCUAUCCUCACCAUGUGGUUGGGGCUCAGCUCAAUGCAAUAUUUAGUGAAUAA